GCGAGCAUGGUGGAAGAGGAGUUUGCAGUAAAGUGAGUUAAGUUCAUAAAGGAGGAUUCAGAGGGAAAACAGUAUGUCUCUCAGGGAUCCACCAUAUGAACCUCCUACUGUCUCAGAGCUGCAGGAGUUCCUGCUGGCAGACAGACAACCCACAGGACACGUCAAUCAAGUCUGGCCUAACCUUUUCAUAGGCAACGAGGUGGCGGCUCGUGACAAGCCCAGUCUGCACAGUCUGGGCAUAACUCACAUUGUAAAUGCUGCUCACCGACCCCCCGAUGCUGAUGCCGGCCUUGGCUCCCAUUUGUACGUCAAAACUGGCCCCCGUUUCUACAGAGACAUGAAAGUGGAUUAUUAUGGGGUGGAGGCUGAUGAUGCAAUAGGGUUCAUCCUUAGUCCUUUCUUUUACCCAACAGCACGAUACAUCAGAGCCGCGCUGGGAAUGGGAGGACGGGUAUUUGUCCACUGUCUGAUGGGCGUGAGCCGCUCUGCGACCCUGGUGCUGGCGUACCUGAUGAUUGUUGAGGGCCUGAGGCUGCAGGAGGCGGUGGCUGCCGUCAGGCCGCACAGAGACAUUUGUCCCAACCCGGGCUUUCUGAUGCAGCUCCGCAGCCUCGACAUGAGCCUGGAGAGGGAAAGGAGGAGACGAAGACAAGCCCAAACACUGUAAAGUCACACACAGGCACCAACACACACUCAUAAACAUAUGCACACAGACACACACACAUAUUUAUUGCUACACAGAGGUCAGUCCA